AAUAUUUUUUAAAAGAAAAAGCAUAGUAGUAUAUAUUUAUUUAUUUGUACGAGGAGAAUUAGAUAAAAUAACAAUGACUGAGAUACUGUAAAUGACUGUUGACAAGGACCUGUUUAGCGUCUAAGAGAGGAAUUUUAAACGUUUAUUUACUUAUUUAUUUAUUUAUUUAUCUGUAAAAACUUGGAUAUUUCCAUAAGGUAUAUAUUCAUAUAUUCAAUGUUCGUUCAAUCGUUUAGUUACCAAUAAUGUACACUCAGCAUUACGUCUGACAUCUGAUUUGAUUGAUAACUGUUUAAUGUCACGAUGAAACAUCAAAAUAACGAUGAUUUUUCUUAUUUACAGCUGACAAAGCAUUACUUUUUUUCUUUUUUUUAACUCUUGAUUAAUUUGUAUGUGAACUUAUUGCGUAUGAGUGUGUUUUGUUAGUUUUCUAUACAUGUAUGGCAUAAUGAAAAAGAUAAUAUAUAUUGUAUAAAAGAAAAAAAUGUACUGAUGACAAAUAUUUUCUUACCGCUGAAUCCGCAAAUUAUUUAAGCUUUAUAUACGUAAUGAAAAAUGUGUGAUUGUUAACUCAUAAUUGAUUCGUGUACAACUCAAGUGAGAUAUAAGAAAUUAAUAAAAUACAAAAUGACUGUUUACACGACUUUUGAAUCUUCAUUUUAUCUCUAACUAAUUAUUUUAAUCUUAAAAUACCUUUCAAAAAAGCAAACUCGUUGAUAUGAGAAUUUCAAAAAAAGCAGACUCGCGCGCCAAGCGAGCACACAUGCGCCGAGAAAUGACGUCUGCUUUACCGUUUACGUCAAAUCGAUGAACCUCGCAGCAGUCGGCAUGCUACACGCGGUUCUAGUACAGAGUCGACAGCAAGCACGUUGAUUUUUGAAAAUAAAUAUUCUCAGUGACUGGUUUAAAACAAAAAUAUUGUUCAGUGAAAGCACACGAUGGAAUUCUUCAUCGAUACAGUCGGUCAGACCGAGAACAAUGAUAAAGUGCAGGCAGUUGAUCCAGACGACGACUUUUAUCCAGGAGAUAUCGAUUUCAACCCUUCAGCUGUUAAGAAAGCUAUAUCUGAAAUAGGAAAGGAUAAUCUCACUGCUGUGUCUGAAAAGAAGAAGAAGAAUGAAAAGAAGGCCAUAGAUAUUGAUCAAUUUGAGGAGGCUAUGGGCUGGAAACAGAAAAAGAGAACUAAAAUAUUAGGUGACAUCGACGAACAAAUGGAAGUACAAAUUGUCAAACAGGCUUUGAAAAAUUCAAAUGUCAAACCUGGAUUCGAAGGAUUAAAAAAAGUACCAAAUUAUGACGUCAGUGAGAAAAAACAAAAAGAAAGAAGGAAAAGAAUAGCCGCCAAAACCAAGGGUGUUGGAUGGUUCAAUCUUCCUGCUACAGAACUGACAGAAGAAGUCAAGCAUGAUCUUGAGGUCAUUCAAAUGAGAUCUGCAUUGGAUCCCAAACAUUUCUACAAGAGAAAUGACUCCAAAGCGCUUCCCAAAUACUUCCACAUUGGUAAAGUUGUUGACUCGGCUGUUGACUUCUAUUCUGGUAGAUUGACAAAUAAGGAACGCAAGCGUACCAUUGUCGAUGAACUGAUGGCUAAUGCUGAAUUCGCCAAAUACAAUAAGAGGAAGUACCAAGAAAUCAUUGAGGAGAAGCGCAAAACACAUUACAAAGCCGCAAGGCACGCCAAGAGACAGAUGCGAAAGAAGAAUAAAUAAAUUACGUCAAUUGUUUUAGGAUAAGUGUAGAAUAAGGUCAGAGUAAGGUACUAAAUUUGUUAAUAAAUGCAAUUUUUUUAAUAACAUAAACCAAAAACCAGUGCUGU